CAGGGAUGCCCACUCUCAGAGUUCUCAGAUGUUCACUCUCAGAGGCAGAGCUGAAGCGUUGGUUUUCCAGGUCUGAUUUCUCCUCUUUGUCACCUGUGUGCCUUGUGGGUAUUAUACAACCAGGAGCUGGCAUUUGUACCAGUUCUGUGUUCUCAUGCACUGCUGUCUACAGCUGGGUUGCAACUUACUCUCUAAAAAGAGCACUGUUUCUCUUUAACACUGUGCAUAGUAUUUAAGACUGAAGGUGCAGAACUACCUUAAUAUUACCAGAAGAGGCUUAGGAACAUGGAAAUCACCUGGAUAAGAAAGGACAUGACCACAGUUCUGAUCAUUGCACAUGAUUACAGCCUGGAAUAUGGAUAAUUUUUGAAAAAACCAGGAAUUUGGAAAUCAGGGAUGUGAAAAAUGCAGUGUUGGUCCUACACAGUUUCUGAUCUCUCAGAGAGGAUUUCACAGUGAUGGGCAGAUGGCUAGUGACCCAGUGGGCCACUGUGUGGGAAAGGGUAUUUGCAGGGUAGGAACCAUAGGUGGUCAGUGCUUUGGGUCUUUUGUGGUCUCUGACCACUUGUGUACACCAGUCAGCAGCAGAGAAACACCAGUCUUUUACCACAGAAGAUGAACAAAAGUUUGGAUAAGUUACAUUAUCUGCUAUCAAAUUGUCAAUCAAAUAAGUGUGUUACAAUUGGGACAGGAGGCGCAAACUCAUAAAGCUCUCAAAUAUUUUUAUGCAAAAAGAAUUCAGGAUUCCUACCCUGGUAAAAGCCCCUGCUUUGCCCCACGUUAAUAUUUGGUUUGUUUUAUAGGAAACUAAGGAUUAUGAUGCCCUUUGAAGUUGUAUUUGUGGGUUUUGAGGUGGUUAGGUAGUUCUCAGAAGAGGAUACUGGAAAGUAAGAGACUUGCUGAUGUCAUUUUUAUUUCACCACCAGUACCCAAAAAAGAAAAAAAGCUGAGAGAUGUUGCUGGCCCUAUAUAAGGUGCAGUCACCUCCUGCGGAGUGCAUCAAGAAUCACAGCAAAGGUAAGGCUUGCAGCCUUCAUGCUGCUCUCACUUUGCCUUGCCCACUCUCCCUGAUGCUAACGCUGCUCUCUCUCAUCAGUGCUGAGUGCUGUAGCUGCAACCUGCUGGAACGGACGAUCUCGGACCGUGAGCCAUGGCCUACCUGCAGACCUUGUCCAAGAGCUUCCCAGGAUGGGUUUUCUUCUGUUGCUGUUGCUGUCUCCCUCUUCUUCUCACCAGCUCUCUGCCUCUGAAAGGGGCUUCUACUGCCCAUCAUGCCUGCAGGCUCAGGAAGAUCAACUUCCAGCAGCCCUACAUUAGGAAUCGCACCUACACCUUGGCUAAAAUGGCCAGUGCCUCGGACAAGGACACAGAUAACAGAUUGAUUGGGCAGCAGCUCUAUGUUAACAUCAAGGAAAACAACCGCUGCUACCUGAUGAAGAGGGUUGUGGAGAUUGUGGUAAAAGAUGUUCUCCUCACUGAGGUCAAGAAUCAGUACCCAUAUGUUGAGGAGGUUGCACAGUUCUUGGCAUCCCUGACCUCGGAGCUGAGCAGAUGUAAAUUCUCAGGAAACAGGCAGCACAUUGAAAAGAACCUGGAACAAAUGAAGAACAAAAUGGAACAGUUGGGAGAAAAUGGAAAGACUAAAGCCAUUGGAGAAUUGGAUUUACUGUUUGACUACAUGGAAAAUGCCUGCACUGAUAUCACAAAGAAGGGAGGGAACAAGGAGAAAAACUGAGAAAAUUUCAGAUCAGGCUUGAAGAGAUGUCUCUGAAAAUCUCUUGUGAUAACUCAAACUGAUUAGCUGUUACAGCAACUACACCCAUUCCCCUCAGAUGCAAUAUGUUUUUCACUUGUGUCAAAACUAGCAAACUAAGUGGGCAGAGACAGGAUGCAUAUUGCUGCCUUCUUUGAAAAUGAAAACUCCGGGACACUGCAGCUCCAUUUAAACACAGGCCAUUAGUUAUUUUCAAAGGCACACUCCUGUCCUCCCCAUCUCCAUAGGAAUGAGGCAACUGUUUCUGUCGUUUAUAUGCUGAAAUUUGGCACCUAUGGAUCAGCUUUGAUCCAGGUAGGAAGUUAAAGGUAGCCAGGAAAUUUUGAGCCUCUCACCUGGAAGUCUGUCUUGAAUAUGUUGUCCUCUUCUGACCUUUGCCUGAAAAGUUGGUAUUUCAGACUAAUUCAGAAAUAUUUUUUGUCAUUUGUAUUUAAUGGUAACUUAUUUUAAAGUAAUAAUUAUACAAUACUUUUAUUUAUAUAGAUUAGUUGAAAAAUAUUCAAGGAAAUAUAUUUAUGAAACUGUACCAGAAAGUUUUAGGUGAACUAUGAAAGUAACACUGCUGUGUGAUAUUUAUAUGCAAAUUGAAUAUUUUAUAAAUGCUUGCACUUUAAUUUAUUAUAAUAAAUAUUUUAAUCCUCAAA